GAGAGAGAGAGGGGAGAGAGAGAGAGAGGCUCCUCCUCCAGAUGACAUCAGUGCUCUACUGAAUCUAGAGGCAAACACAACUCCACAUUAGUAUUGAGCUCUACCCGUGCACCUAUUUCCCUGCACAGCCUACAGAUGUGUAUGUGAGUGUGUGUGGAGGCUCCAGUAAACACAGCAGAGCUGGAACUCCAGACAGCUCCAGCCUUCACAGUGAGAGGAGCUUUUUUUUAGGGGGGAUCCUCACAUCCUGGAUUGGAUUAUCAAUUUUUGUGAGCCCCCUUUUUUUGAACCCCAGAUUAAGUGGAUACCUGUUACUGUACAUUUUUGGGUUGAUUACAGAGCUGACCAGCUCAGGUGUGAGGACGGCACAGCAUGACUCCAGCUGCAGAUGCAUGAAGAAGGCCGGACGCAGAAGGACAUCCACCUCUCCCUGUUUGGCUCUUUAGAGGAGAGGCGAACUUUGGUUUUCUGGACCAGAUCAGUGGAUUAAUGUGUUUACAGGCUUGACAAGGGAGCGCAGAGGAUUCUGGGUUACCUGAAGACCCUGGAGUACAGAAGUGAACAGGCCUGGAUUGAGCCUGUGGCGCGGAGGGAUUGGCAUGGCUCAGACCAGCUUUGUGUCAACUCAUCAUGCCUGCCGGGCCUGAUUGUGGAAAGGAGCCUUUGCGGAAGCUCAGCCCGUCCUACGCACGGAUCACUAUACAACACAACAAAAAUCUAAUUUGCAGUUAUGGCUGUUGAGCUCGACAAUUCCAACACCCAUUAGGAUUUUUAAUAUCACCUGAGAGCGCACGCUUUUGUGUGAGAGAGGGGAUGCUUUUUCUACAGGCUUAUCUGCCAUGGUAAAGGCAUUGAAAGCAUGAGCCUCUGACAACACAGAGGAGGUCAUCGUCCAAACAAGGAGCAGCUCAGCAAACACUGACCUGGGCAGGAUAUCACCAGAAACCCCUCGGACAAACUUUCCCUUUCAGAGAGGAUAAGAGCGAAUCCAAGAGGAGAGCUUGAUUGGAUUUUUGGUGGCUGGAAAGGAUUUACCGCAUCGUUUAAAUCAGGGACUCUUGAGUGAUUAGACUGCCAGGCAACACAGCUUCAAGAUGGUGCGUCCGUGCGAGGCCUUUAUCCUCUUCCUCAUCAGGAUCGGGCUGCUGCUGGGUCUCGCUAACCCCCUGGUGACCUCUGCCUCGUGUCCCUCGGCCUGCCGCUGCGACGGGACCUUCAUCUACUGUAACGACCGUGGCCUGACUUCCAUCCCUACUGGCUUACCCUUAGACGCCACAGUUCUCUUCCUGCAAAACAAUCGCAUCAAGAGCUCCGGCAUCCCCACGGAGCUCCGCAGGCUGGUGAACGUGGAGAAGAUUUAUCUGUACUGCAACAACCUGGAUGAGUUCCCCACUAACCUUCCACUGGGGCUGAAAGAGCUCCACCUGCAGGAGAACAACGUCCGGAUGAUUACCCACACCUCUUUAGCUCAAAUCCCCUACAUCGAAGAGCUGCACCUGGACGAUAACUCUGUAUCAGCUGUCAGCAUCGAGGAGGGCGCCUUCAGGGACAGUACCCACCUCAGACUGCUCUUUCUCUCCAGAAACCACCUCAGCACCAUCCCUUCAGGCCUCCCCAUGAGCAUCGAGGAGCUGCGCUUUGAUGACAACCGCAUCUCCUCCAUCUCAGAGCAGUCGCUGCAAGAUCUCAUUAACCUGAAGAGGCUGAUCCUGGACGGCAACCUGCUCAACAACCGUGGGAUUGGGGAGAUGGCUUUCAUCAACCUGAUCAACCUGACCGAGCUCUCGCUGAUGAGAAACUCCCUGACAUCACCGCCGGCCAACUUGCCAGGCACCAGUUUGGAGAAGCUGCAGCUACAAGAUAAUCACAUUAAUCGGGUUCCCCCCGGAGCUUUUGCCUUCCUGAGGCAGCUGUACCGCCUGGACCUGUCCGGCAACAACCUGAGCACCCUCCCUCAGGGUGUGUUUGAAGAUCUGGAUAAUCUCACACAGCUCCUCCUGCGAAGCAACCCCUGGCAGUGCACGUGCCGUAUGAAAUGGGUGCGUGACUGGCUGCGGUCACUCCCCACCAAAGUGAAUGUGCGCGGCUUCAUGUGCCAGGGUCCCGAUAAGGUCAAAGGCAUGGCGAUUAAAGACCUCACCACGGACAUGUUUGACUGCUCAGACACGGAGCUCAUCUCCACGUACGAGACCAGCACGGUCUCCAACACGCUGCGGCCCUCGCAGCCUCAGUGGCCCUCGUUUGUGACUAAGAGACCCGUCGUUAAAGCGCCUGACUUCGGUCGGAAUUACCACAGCACCACCACCAUGUCUUCAGGCAGAAAGAUCAUCACCAUCAGUGUGAAGUCGAGCAGCGCCGAAGCUAUACACAUAUCAUGGAGAGUGUCACAGCCGAUGACGGCCCUCCGGCUCAGCUGGCUGAAGCUGGGUCACAGCCCUGCCUUCGGCUCCAUCACCGAGACCAUCGUGCAGGGCGAGAGGAGGGAGUACCUGCUCACCGCGCUGGAGCCAGAGUCUUCCUAUAGGAUAUGCAUGGUUCCAAUGGAGACCAGCAACAUUUACCUGUCAGACGAGACCCCGGUUUGCAUAGAGACAGAGACUGGUUCUCACAAGUCGUACAACCCGACCACGACGUUGAACAGAGAGCAGGAGAAAGAGCCUUACAAAAAUUCCAGUCUGCCUUUGGCUGCUAUUAUCGGAGGGGCCGUGGCUCUUUUGGCAAUAAUCAUGUUGGCACUGGUGUGCUGGUAUGUCCACAGGAACGGUUCCCUUUUUUCCAGGAACUGCACCUACAACAAGGGCCGCCGGAGAAAGGACGACUACGCUGAAGCCGGCACUAAGAAGGACACCUCCAUCCUAGAAAUACGAGAGACUUCUUUUCAAAUGAUUCCUAUAAACCACCUGCCGGUGUCCAAGGAGGAGUUUGUCAUACACACAAUUUUCCCACCCAAUGGCCUGAGUUUAUACAAAAGCCCACACAGUGAGAACAAUAUUAACAACAGGAGCUACAGAGACAGUGGAAUACCAGAUUCAGAUCAUUCCCAUUCAUGAUAUUGCGCAUGGCCAUUCGUGAAGAGCGUGCGACUCAAACAGAGUGGCAAGACUUUUACAAAACACUGGAUCUAUAAGACUAAGGAAGCAAUGUUCUGUACAUUUGCCAUAUAAUUUAUAUUUAAGGACAUUUUAUGAAGACGGAGAACGUUCCAGUUGCAGGCCAUCACUGAUCCAUCAGUGGGUAUUGUGACUAACUGCAAUUCUAUAUUUUAGGGAUUUGUAGUAAUUUGUACUGUAUUUCCUUUGCUUAAGGUUAUCGACCAACUAAAAGAAACUCUGUGUUACACUGAGAUAUGAUGACUUGUCAACUGUGAAAGUGGGUUUUCAUUGCUGUGUUGAACAAUCAGACCUUAGAAAACCUUGUAGUAUAAGCACAGGUCAUUCUUUUAACUUUGUGGCUGUCUGAAAAACAAAAAGGCAAAAAAAUGACAUGAAGUAAACUACGGCACAGCUCUCUUCAACUAAUUCGCAAAAGCAGGCAUGUUGCCCUCGAGCAGUCAGUAGCUGUCUCCACGUACUUCGGACCAAGAGUAUCGCUCUAGUAUUCACCGGGUAUCGAUUAUGAGUGAGUAAAAAUGAGGUGCCAUGCUUUAUUUCUCUGCUUUGUUCAGUGUGUGAUUUUUCUUUUCUUUUUCCUGUUUGCAAAAAGAAGAAACACAGCGAUGGGCGACCCGCGCAGGGCCGCCGUGUUUCUGAUAGGAUUGUAGGCCACAGCACAGGGCAGAUAAAGCACACCGACCUUAAAAAGGAGCUCCUCAGAACAAGUAGACUGGACAGGCUGACACAGAGGACCCCCCACUAUCUCUAUUUGUACAAGCCAACAAUGGCCCGACGACAAUGGCGGCAUUCUUUAGUACCAUGUACCAUACGUCAUGUAGUCAGCAGGCCCUAAAGACGCGACACGUUGGCUCUCAUUAGACGUCCCACAGUGGCAGCGAGCGAGCGAGCGACUCCUUGUUAUGAGUAUUAUUUUGUAUUAUUUUCCAAAUGAACACACUUUUAUGUUUCCACAAUUUGAAGUUAACUGUUCUUAACAAUUGAAAACCAAAGUGCAUUGUAUGCCCUUUGGCCAGUCUUGUAUGUGCCUUGAUCCAAUGCUUAUUGUAUUUAGCUUUUUAAGAAACCAGUGACUUUUUUUCAUACACACUUGAAUAUGAAAAUAUUGGUCAUAUUACAGAAUAAAAGUGGACAAAAAUAA